AUGUCUGACAGCAGCAAGCCUCAUCAGGCACUUCCAGUUUCUUCCUCAGUUCAGCUGCUCUGGGUAAGAACAGGAGGAAUAAUGAUGGAACAGAACACCAGAUUUUCUAGUCUCACCACCACAGAUGAGCACACCCUGCUGAAAGAAUUACAUGCGUUUGAAGGACCUAAGCCAUCAUCUGUACGCAUACAGCGAUGUUUAAUAAUCUGCCCAAUCUCAAAGAGCAAAGAAGCAGUGUGGUAUAAUCACUAUACCACUGUGGAAGAACCCCAAAAGCAUGGCUUUUUCAGGCAGAUAAACAGCCAAGGAGCUAGAGCAGCCACGGCGGCGGGCGGAGGUGGCGGCGGCGACCCCCUGGCCCCGGCGGGGCUUCCGUGAGCCUUCUCUCCAGACACACAGGCCUACUUCGCCCUCGCGUCUAGCGACGGUCACCCGCGGGCGUGGGAGACCGCCACCACCCGGCUGCACCAGGAGUACGUGCCUUCCGCGCACCUCAGCGGUACCUGCACUUGCCUGGCCUGGGCGCCGGCGCAGCUGCAGGCCAAGGAAAGUCACCAGAGGAAAAAAAGGAAAUCGGAAGCGACAGGAACAAGUGGCCAGGCUGACUUGUUGGCUCUUGGAACAGCAGUGAGUAGCAUUUUAUUGUAUAGCACAGUGAAAGGAGAAUUGCACAGUAAAUUAAUAAAUGGUGGGCAUGCAAACAGAGUCAAUUGCAUACAGUGGCAUCAAGAUAAUGGCUGCCUAUAUAGUUGUUCAGAUGAUAAGUAUAUUGUGGAGUGGAAUAUACAGACCUGCAAAGUCAAGUGCAAAUGGAAAGGAGACAAUAGUAGCGUCAGUGCCCUGUGCAUAUCUCCAGAUGGAAAGAUGUUACUUUCAGCUGGUCGAACAAUCAAACUAUGGGUUUUGGAGACCAAAGACAUCUACAGACACUUCACAGGACAUGCGACGUCAGUGUCAUCACUCAUGUUCACUACCAUCAGAUCCUCUAACGAGAGCCAGCCUUUUGAUGGAGUUACAGGUCUUUAUUUCUUGUCUGGAGCAGUGCAUGACCGGUUACUUAAUGUCUGGCAGGUCCGCUCAGAAAGCAGAGAGAAGAGUGCAGUGCUGUCUUUCACAGUUACCGACGAACCUGUCCACAUUGACUUGACUUUGUCAGAAAACAAAGAAGAGCCUGUCAAGUUAGCUGUUGUUUGCAGAGACGGUCAAGUGCAUCUUUUUGAACACAUAUUAAAUGGACACUGCAAAAAGCCCUUGACUUCAAACUGCACAAUUCAAAUAGCAACACCUGGGAAAGGCAAGAAAGCUACACCAAAACCCAUUCCUAUCCUAGCAACUGGCUUUUGCUCAGACAAAAUGUCAUUACUGCUUGUGUAUGGCAAUUGGUUUCAGCCUGCUAUUGAAAGAGUGGCUUUAAACUCCAAAGAAUCUCAUGUGUGUUUAGAAAGAGAAAUUUCAAACUGCUGGGCUCCCGGAGUAGAAACUGCAGUAACAAAGGUGAGGACGCCAGUAGUGAAUUCUGAAGCAAAAGUUCUGAUGCCUGGGAUUCCUGGACAUCAAGCACUAAACAAGCCUCCAGCCCAGCAAACCAAGGAAGUGGAGAGUAAGAGGAAGCUAGGAGGCAACGAGGGGAGCAUCAAAGAGCGCCUAGGAGCAAUGGGGAUAGCUGCAAAAGAAGGGAAGGAUGAACUUCUGCAGACGAACAGCUUCCCAGUCCUUCUGACCCAGGGCUUAGAAAGUAAUGAUUUGGAAAUGCUAAAUAAAGUACUUCAGACUAGGAAUUUAAACCUAAUAAAGAAGACUGUGUUAAGGAUACCCUUGCAUGCAGUUAUUCCACUCUUACAAGAGCUUACAAAGAGGUUGCAAGGCCAUCCCAACAGUGCUGUUGUAAUGGUUCAGUGGCUGAAAUGUGUGCUAACAGUUCAUGCAUCAUACCUGUCCACAUUGCCUGAUCUUGUAUAUCAGCUAGGCACACUCUACCAGCUAAUGGAAAGUAGAGUCAAAACUUUUCAGAAACUCUCUCAUCUUCAUGGAAAGCUUAUUCUUCUAAUUAGCGUUACUGCGUCCGAGAAGACGAAAAGAAUGCCUUCUCCUGCACAGCAGGCCAAGUUGGUGUAUGAAGAAGAAUCUUCUGAAGAGGAAUCUGAUGAUGAAAUUGCAGAAAAGGAUUCUGAUGAUAAUUGGGAUGAAGAUGAGGAUGAAAAAGAAAGUGUAAAAGAGGAUAUUGAUGAAGAAAAUGAGGAGGAAGAUGAGGAUGCUGAAGAGAAAGAAGAAAAUGGCGAGGACAGAGAGAUGUCGAGUGAGAAAGAAGUAAAUGCAGAUUCUGAUUUAGAUCCUGAAAAUGAAAGUGAAGAGGAGUGAAGACCAAGCCUGCCCGGCAGACCGCCCGAGCCCUGGCUCACCAUGCCCAGCGCUGCUCAGUCCUCCCCGGAGGCUGUCCUGUGCCCGGAGGCCGGAGACCGCUGUGCAGGUCCAGUUUCCAGCGGUGUUCCACACUUGCUGUCCUGAGCUCCCCAGACUUUAACUGUGUAAAUAAGAGUGUUUCAUUCAAAUGUUAAUAAACUUUACACAGUAAAUAGA